UUAAGAUUCAGCUAUUUUUCUGUCCAGUUAGAAACUUUCUUUGUGGGAUAAUGGAGAAAACUGACGCUACCUUCUCUCAAGGAAAGAAAACCAAUGGAUCUGACGAUAUCAAUCUAGAUGACUACAUCAACAUGAAGGUCGCAACGAUGCCGCCUACAUGGGAGGAUCCAGCGGCCGCGUUAGCCAACGCCAGGCACGAAUUCGGCGAACACGGCGGCGUUAACAUGUCGAUCGAGGCGUCCGCGACCUUCACGGUUAUGGAACCUGAAACAAUGAGAAGGAUGUUUGCCGGUGAAUUAGGUGCCGAUCGUGAUUUCUUCAUCUACAGCCGUCACUUCAAUCCGACGGUCCUUAAUCUUGGUCGGAAAAUGGCAGCGUUGGAAGGAACAGAAGCGGCGUAUUGUACGGCGUCUGGAAUGUCGGCGAUCUCGUCUGUUCUUCUCCAACUCUGCCGCAGCGGAGGACACAUUGUGGCUUCUCGAUCGUUGUACGGAGGUACGCAUGCUCUAUUGGCGAAUUUCUUGCCUCGUGCUUGUAAUAUUACGACGACGUUUGUGGAUCUGAGUGAUUUGGAAGCGGUUAAGGAGGCUAUUGUGGAAGGAACCACGAAAUUGCUUUAUUUUGAAGCAGUUUCGAAUCCGACAUUGGCGGUUGCUAAUGUGCCGGAGCUUAGCCGGAUUGCGCAUGAUAAGGGAGCGGUUGUGGUGGUUGAUAACACUUUUACUCCGAUGGUGUUAUCGCCGGCGAGACUAGGUGCCGACGUUGUGAUUCACAGCAUCUCCAAAUUCGUAAGCGGCGGGGCCGACAUUAUUGCAGGAGCUGUAUGUGGGCCAGCCAGUCUUAUAAACUCAAUGAUGAACCUCCAUGAAGGAACACUAAUGUUGCUAGGGCCAACCAUGAAUGCAAAGGUAGCAUUUGAGCUAUCUGAAAGGAUUCCUCAUUUGAGUCUUAGAAUGAAGGAGCAUUGUAACCGUGCUAUGGUCUACGCGACCCGCAUGAAGAAGCUAGGGUUAAAAGUGAUCUACCCGGGCCUUGAAGAUCACCCGGACCACUUACUCCUCAAGUCCAUGGCGAAUAAGGAAUACGGGUAUGGAGGAUUGCUGUGUUUGGACAUGGAGACUGAGGAAAGGGCUAACAAGCUGAUGGACAUUCUCCAGAACGUUACUCAGUUCGGGCUCAUGGCUGUGAGCUUGGGGUACCAUGAAACACUAAUGUCGUGCUCGGGGAGCAGCACCAGCAGUGAGAUGAGUGCAGAGGCGAGGGAGCUGGCGGGGAUAUCGGCAGGGCUGGUUAGAAUGUCGAUUGGAUAUAGUGGGACGCUGGAACAAAGGUGGGGACAGUUCGAGAAGGCACUUUUGAAAAUGAAAGAUUAUUAGGGUUUGUUGUUUGAGAAUUUUUAAGUGUUAUUUUGGAUUGGGAUUUGUCUAGUGAAGUUAUGGUAAAAUCUUAACUAGUAUUUUGGUGGUUUGGAUGUAAGAGACAUCAAUUUCCCUUUUUUAUUUGAGUUUGCAUAAUGAAGAAAAUGUGAAAAACUUUGGAUGCUUA